GAGAGGUCAGGCGUGAUCAUCAAGUAGAUGGCAUCCUCCUACGCGACGGCUUCCAAGUGGUCGGCGAAAGAGGACAAGGAGUUUGAGAGGGCUCUGGCGACGUACGGGGAGCAAACACCGAACCGUUGGGAGAAGGUGGCGGCGGCCAUCGGCGGCGGAAAGACCGUGGCCGACGUCAGGCUACACUAUCAGCUUCUCCUCGACGAUAUAAACAGCAUUGAGUCCGGCCUCGUCCCCUUUCCCAACUACCGUCCACACCCCUCUCCGCCUACCGCAGCCGCCGCCGCCGCCUCGUUUCUCAAUGAUGAUCGCCAGCGGGGAUUAGUGCAUCUGAAGCUAAGGUGAUCCAACCAUCUGCAAAGCCCAAUGUUGAAAAAUGAUCUACUUAGCAGCCAGCUCAGCAUUAUAUAGAUAUAUAUGUAAUCUUUGUAAUUUGCAUGAUAAAUUAGGGGGCAGUAUGUAAAAUUUGAAAAAAUGGACGCUCUGGUAGCUUUAAUGAAUUGAUUAUCAGCGUUAGCAAGUACAAACAGCUGGUGUCUUAAAUGAUUAAUGGUUUCAAUGUAUGAUUGAUUGUGCAUGCCCGCAUGUGGAUUGGAGGGCUGUGUUGAGUAAAUGGGCGUUGAUACGUAUGACAUGCAGUUGAAUGCAUCGGGCGCUGGGAAAUUGGUUGCCAUGCAUUGGCUGCAUGGAAUCGGCAGUUCCCAAAUUUUAAAACCUUUUCACACUAUCGCUUAUAAGUUAUAAU